AAUACGACCGACGUCAUCUCUUGCGAUUCGAUCUGGUCUGCUAAAACACAUAGUCGAAGGGUAAAUCGUGUGUGUAAGUGUGUGAGGGAGAAUCAGUGAUGAGCGGAGCAGCGUCGUAUCUGGCGAGGAGGGCAGCGCAGAAGGAGAGAGUCAGAAUCCUCUACCGGCGUGCCCUCAAAGACACUCUCACUUGGGCUGUUCACCGCCAUCUCUUCUACCCCGAUGCCGAUGCGCUUCGUGAGAGAUUUGAUGCUAACAAGAAUGUGGAAGAUAUAGAUACUAUUGAUAGAAUGAUUGCUGAUGGCGAGGGGCAGUACAAUAAGUGGCGACACCCUGAUCCUUACAUUGUUCCAUGGGCUCCUGGCGGCAGCAAGUUUACUCGCAAUCCUACACCACCUUCUGGGAUUGAGAUAGUUUACGAUUAUGGUCGAGAGGAUCAAAGCUGAAAGUAAUAUGGGCUCCAUGGCAAUAAAUCAAGGCCAGGUGGGUCGAGUAGGAAGUGUUUUGAUACGUCAGCAAUGGCGGUACACCUCUUUAAUUGAAUGUGCUUUUUAUAGCAUGAGAACCCUCUCCUUUUGUCCAUUGACCUUUCCUUUUGAUGGAACAUUUCUUUUCAUGCAAAUAUGUUUGUUAUCGUUAUUGCUAAUAAACUGAUUGUUUCUGUAAUUCAUGCGUACCUAUUUACGUCAAAGUAAGGGAUGUUUUUUAGAACU